UUUUGUCAGACGUGGGAAGAGGCGAGAGAAGUGUUGCACUGCCUAGGGGUUUUCAAGUUUAGGGCUGGGGGUGGUGAUUGUUGCUCGAAAGCUCGGAGGUGUUCGGGUGAAUACGGUCCCCCGCUUUCCUGGAAGAGGCUGGAACGCGCUCGGAGAUAAACAUGGAGGCACCUCCAGUCACCAUGAUGCCUGUCACCGGGGGCACCAUUAACAUGAUGGAGUACCUGCUGCAGGGAAGUGUUUUAGAUCACAGCUUGGAAAGCCUCAUCCACCGCCUUCGUGGUUUAUGUGACAACAUGGAACCCGAGACUUUUGUUGACCACGAGAUGGUAUUCCUCCUUAAGGGCCAGCAGGCCAGUCCAUUUGUUCUAAGGGCCCGACGCUCUCUGGAUAGGGCAGGGGCACCCUGGCAUCUUCGCUACCUGGGACAGCCAGAGAUGGGAGAUAAGAACCGCCAUGCCCUGGUGCGUAACUGCGUAGACAUUGCAACAUCUGAGAACCUCACUGACUUCCUCAUGGAAAUGGGCUUUCGCAUGGACCACGAGUUUGUUGCCAGGGGACACUUGUUCCGGAAAGGCAUCAUGAAGAUCGUGGUGUACAAGAUCUUCCGUAUCCUGGUGCCUGGGAACACAGACAACACUGAGGCCUUGUCACUGUCCUAUCUCGUGGAACUAAGCGUUGUUGCACCAGCUGGGCAGGACAUGGUCUCUGAUGACAUGAGGAACUUUGCAGAGCAGCUGAAACCUCUGGUUCACCUCGAGAAAAUAGACCCCAAAAGGCUCAUGUGACUAAGACAAUCUGUCCACUGGGGCUUGUCCUCAGCUGUUACAAGAAAAGAUGUUAUAAUUGCCCCAUUUCACCACUGCCAGCCAUGCAUUCUUCCCUCAGGAUGGAAGCCAGUGAGAACUCAGUUGUUUUUGCACUGGUUUCCUCAUAUGGCCAGUUCACUUUUGUGACAGGCUUUCUAACUUAAACGCUAAGAAUAACUAAAUCAUCCUUCUGUAGGAAGAAGGGAAACUGGACUAAAGUAGCUUUCGGGAAGAAAACUUUUUAUGUAUAAGGUUUGUAAAAUAGAGACCAAGUUUGUAUUGUGCAGUAAUAAAAGCAUAAGGAGAAAUGUCUCCCAUUCUGAUUCUUUACCGUACUACCCUACUAAUUUGGGAUGGACUCAUUACCAACUGGAGCAAAUAAUAUGACAGUGUUUUGUUUAAAUUUGGUAGAUGAUAGAUAGCUUUUACCUUUUGUAUGGGUAGCACGUGUUUGUUGUGGAAAAAAAUUAAA